AUGGUGUCCGAUUUCAAGAGAAAGAAACUUAUGUUUCUAUUCAAAAUCUUCUUCGAUUCCGACGGCAAUGGGAGUAUCACGAAGAAAGAUUUCGAGCUGUCGAUAGAGAGACUCGCGAAGGCGAAAGGAUGGGAGCCUGGGGAUGAGAAAUACAAGAUAGCUGAAAAGACCAUGCUCGAAAUUUGGGAGGGAAUGCUUUACAAGGCCGACGUGAACAAGGACGGUGAGAUUUCCGCUGACGAAUGGGUAGCGUUAUGGGAAGAGAGCAGCAAGGACUCUCCUUUCGACUGGCAAGCUUACUACGCCAAGUCGAUCUUCCACCUCCAAGAUUCGAGCAACGAUGGGGCGAUCGACAAAGAAGAGUUCGUAUCCGUCCACGGGUCUUUCGGUCUCCCCAAAGAUCAGACGAGCGAAGCUUUCGACAAACUAGCCUGCGGUAAGGACAAAGUAUCCUGGGAAGACUUCCAACAGCGCUGGGAGGAGUUCUUCACCUCCGAGAACGCUGAUGCUCCAGGAAACUACAUCUUUGGCAACUUGACUUUCGAAUGAGUACUGUAAAUUGUGUGUGUUGAUUAUGAGUUAUGAAUGUUCUAUUUAUAUUUGGUUAUAAUUUUGAUUAAAUAUGUUUUUUUAAUAAUUCAGUUGGUUACAUCAAUUUGUCGCAUUUCUUAUCACUA